GUGCGCCGGUUCUGCACCGUGAGUCCAUUGUUGUUGUUUUGUGUUUUCGUGAAAACUCGACCGGUACCGGAUUCUUUCCCCGUUUGUCUCCGGUCACGUGACAGGUUCACCUGCGACACGAGGCACUGGUGACUUCCGAGAACGAUGGAUCUUCAGACGACAGAAACUGUGAAGGGGGGAGGAGAAGGGGAGGAAAGAGGGAGGAAGAGGAGACCUGAGGAAGAGGAGGACAAAGAGGAGACCUCAUCCAACAGGAAGCAGGUGGCCGAUCACAGUGUGAAGGUGGCCAGUCACUACAACCGGCUACAGGAAGUGGGUCUGGCUGCGAGAAGUCAAAGCAGAAUCUUCUUCAUGAGGAACUUCAACAACUGGCUGAAGAGCGUCCUGAUCGGUGAGAUCCUGGAGCAGGUGCGGGGGGCGGGGUCUCGGCAGGUGUCUGUGUUGGAUCUGGGCUGUGGGAAAGGAGGAGACCUUCUGAAGUGGAGGAGAGGAGGAAUCAAUCACCUGGUCUGUGCAGAUAUAGCUGGAGUGUCUGUGGAGCAAUGUCAGAGUCGUUAUGAAGACAUGAAGAGGAAAAGUCACGUUAACGAGAAAAUCUUCAGCGCUCAGUUCAUCACUGCCGACUGUUCCAAGGAGGUUCUGUCAGAGAAGCUCGACGACCCGAAGCUGAUGUUUGACAUCUGCAGCUGUCAGUUUGUGUAUCAUUACUCGUUUGAGAGCGAAGAGAAGGCGAACGUGAUGCUGAGAAACGCCUGCGAGCGUCUGAAACCUGGUGGUUACUUCAUCGGAACGACGCCAGAUGCCUUCGAACUUGUUAAACGUUUGGAGGCGUCGGACUCCCUGUCGUUUGGUAACGAGGUGUUUAAAGUCUUGUUUCAGUCCAAAGGUUCGUACCCUAUGUUCGGCUGUCAGUAUCACUUCAGCCUCGAGGGCGUGGUCGACGUUCCAGAGUUCCUCGUCUACUUUCCUCUUUUGGAACACAUGGCCAAACGCUACAACAUGCGUCUGGUGCUGAAGCAAAGGUUCUCUGAGUUUUCUGAGGAGAAGGUGAAGAAGGAGCAUCACCGCAGCCUCAUGAUGAAAAUGAUGGCGCUGGAGCCGUUUCCCUGUGAGGACGGAGGUCGACAGGCUACAGACAUCAAAGGAGAGUACUGCCAUGCUAAAGAGCACUGCGGCAGCGCUGGAGUCAAACUACCACUGGGAACUCUGAGCAGAUCUGAGUGGGAAGCAACCAGUAUCUACCUGGUGUUCGUCUUCCAGAAGAUGUCCUGACGAUGAAAACGUGAACUCACCUGCUGCUCGCCAGCUCAGCUGUUGUCCAUGUUGUGUGUUUUCUUUUUGAUAAAGUAUGAACUGUUUGGGUUUGUUGAAAUGAAUAAGAAUAAACUUUAAAGUCAGAAGAA